GAGGAUGAUGAUGGUGGAAGAAGGGUGCAGCAGCAGCAGCGUAUUAAAAAGUGCAAAGCAGCUCCCUGAUUGGCCACUCAGGCUGCAGGCUAAGCCCACUCCCUUUCAUCCCUUAAAGAAGAAGGCCGAGGGAGCCUAUGGGAGAGCUGGACUGUCUCCUCCCACGACGUGCACGCAAAAGUUGCCCUCUUCAACUACUUCCACGCAGCCAGCAGACAUUCCACUCAAAUGCACCAAGGGGGGAAAUAGUAUAUGCGCUUUUGUGCCCAACUCCAGACUUUUAAGCACCUCCAUUUGGAAAAAAAAUAUAUAAAUAUAUAUAUAUAUAUAUUUAUACAAUAAUUCUACACUUACAAAAAGGACAUUUUAGGUAGAGCAUCACUCCACACAUCCUUUUCCUCUCUCAUGAGAAUUAUAUUUUUUCUCCACCUGGGAUUGGAAUUUUGCUGCAUUUUUUUCCCUCCUUUUUAGAGCAUUUUUUUUUUUUUUUUUUUUUUUUUUUUUUUAAUACCCCUACUCCUGUUUCAUUUUGGACUUUGUGAAAGCAACAGCAGCUGCGGCUUAGACUGGUGCAGCGGUGGUGGUGCUAACCCAGCUGCAAGGAUGGCUACUUUGCCCGGAACAGUGCCUCGGAUGGUGCGCCCCACGCCGGGCCAGAACUACCCACGGACCGGCUUCCCUCUAGAAGUGUCCACCCCUCUGGGCCAGGGUCGCGUCAACCAGCUGGGCGGCGUGUUCAUCAACGGGAGGCCGCUGCCCAACCACAUCCGUCACAAGAUCGUGGAGAUGGCGCACCACGGCAUCAGGCCCUGCGUCAUCUCCCGCCAACUGCGCGUCUCCCACGGCUGCGUGUCCAAGAUCUUGUGCCGGUACCAGGAGACCGGCUCCAUCCGCCCCGGGGCCAUCGGGGGCAGCAAGCCCAGGCAGGUGGCCACUCCUGACGUGGAGAAGAGGAUCGAGGAGUACAAGCGGGAGAACCCGGGAAUGUUCAGCUGGGAGAUCCGGGAUAAGCUGCUGAAGGACGGCGUGUGCGACAGAAGCACGGUUCCUUCAGGUGAGGCUUCAUCUGUGAGCUCCAUCAGCCGCGUUUUGAGGGCCCGAUUUGGCAAAAAAGAUGACGAGGAUGACUGUGAUAAGAAGGAUGAAGACGGAGAAAAGAAAACAAAGCAUAGCAUCGAUGGCAUCCUGGGUGAUAAAUGUAGCCGCACGGACGACGGUUCCGACGUUGAUUCGGAGCCCGACUUGCCGCUGAAGAGGAAGCAGAGGCGCAGUCGCACCACCUUCACCGCCGAGCAGCUGGAGGAGCUGGAGAAGGCUUUCGAGAGGACACAUUACCCCGACAUCUACACCCGGGAGGAGCUGGCUCAGAGGACCAAGCUCACGGAGGCCCGAGUGCAGGUGUGGUUCAGCAACAGAAGGGCCCGGUGGCGUAAACAGGCCGGAGCCAACCAGCUUGCCGCUUUCAACCACCUGCUUCCCGGCGGGUUCCCGCCCACAGGGAUGCCCACUUUACCCACAUACCAGCUCCCGGAGGCCAGCUACCCCGGCACCACACUAUCGCAAGAUGCAGAUUCCUGUGGGAACUGGUCGUUUCACCCGGUUGAUCGGAGCUUAUACCUGUGCGCAGAGGGCAGCAGUACCUUGCACAGACCCCAGCCCUUGCCCCCGUCCUCCAUGCACCAGGGAGGUCUAGGCGCCGACGGCAGUUCGGCGUACGGCUUAUCAUCCAACCGCCACAGCUUCUCCACCUACUCCGACUCCUUCAUGAGCCCCUCGGCCUCCGGCAACCACAUGAACGCCGUCGGCAACGGGUUGUCUCCGCAGGUGAUGAGUAUCCUGAGCAACCCCGGCGGUGUGCCCUCUCAGUCGCAGCACGACUUUUCCAUCUCGCCGCUACACGGCAGCCUGGAGGGUUCCAACCCCAUCUCGGCCAGCUGCAGCCAGCGCUCGGACACCAUCAAGAGCGUCGACAGCCUGGCCUCCUCGCAGUCCUACUGCCCCCCCACCUACAGCGCCACCAGCUACAGCGUGGACCCUGUCACCGCCGGUUACCAGUACAGCCAGUACGGUCAGACUGCCGUGGACUACCUGGCUAAGAACGUGAGCUUGUCCACUCAGAGGAGGAUGAAGCUUGGAGACCACUCGGCCGUGCUGGGACUGCUGCAGGUGGAGACGGGGCAGGCCUACUGAAGACCCCCCCACCCUCCCUCCAUCUCACACACGCCUCUACGCUCGGCCAAGUGGGGACCGCCACAAGUCCAGCACCGGAAGUGGGACGGACAGGAAGGGACGGGGCAACACUUUAAAGAGGACCACACAUUGGACCCCACCCCGCAAAUCCCCCCACCAGAGCCACUGGCAACAUGUACUCAUGUGACCUUGAUGUUGAUAGUACUUAAUUAUCAUUCCUUCUCUUUUGAUAUUAUUGUUAAUAAUGAUAACAUUCUUGUUGCUGUUCUCUAUUAUUGCUAACGUUGUUCGAUUUCCACUGAUGUGCUCGCGAGGAGGAGCACGAUGAUUGUUUUCCAAGCUGCUCUUCGACCACCCCCCGCUUUUAGUGAGCGAUUUGACCUUCCCGCUUUCAUAUUCAUCUUGACAUUCCAAAAGAACUUGGCCACUGUGUGGGAAGUCUGUCUGGAGGGGUCUUGCAGGGAAUUUUAAGCAGUGUUUUGGCCGCCAAUAGCCAGCCCCCCCCCCCCCCCCCCCCCUCCUUCCUCCCCCCUGUAACCUCCACGCCAUCCUUAGCCGGGGUCCACAGGGAAGGGGGGCUUUGUUGUAAAAUGGGAUUGGGGAAAUUAAUGCAUUUUGUUUAGAAAAAUGGAAGCCUAGCUAUAUUACAGCCCCCCUUUAAAUGCCCUCUGCUAGUGUGUAAAGCAGAUCAAAUCUCUCUCUCACACACACACAAACACAAUCCUAUUGUUAGUCUUAUUUUUUUCACUUGACAGCAUCUUGUACAAACGCACCUUCACCUCAAACAUUCCGAAGUAAGGAGCAUUCCAGCAGAAACAAACCACUUGUGUCGUCCAAAUACUGUAAAUCAACACUUGUGCAGCAGAUUAAGUUUACAAGAUUAAAUAACAAAUAUCGGCAGAAAUAUGUUUGCGGUUUACGGGUAAAAGUUACGAGGGAGAACGUUUUUUUGGAGAGUUGAAUCGCUGUUUCAAAAAAAUCUCGUAAUAUGACAAAAAGGUCUUUCUAGACGUUUUGUGGAUUUUCCCAUGUAGAAAUAUAACGUCUUUUUAUCGCAAUAACACAUUUUUGGGACAAGAAUGGCACAAUUUGACAGGGAAAAUUUUACGGAAAAAAAAAAUAUAUGAAAAGGUCAUAAAUGUACAAGAAUCAAAGUAGGAUAUUAUCAAAACAAAUAUGACUGUAGUACAUCAACGAAUGAAAAACAUUAAUAUUAUGCGAAUAAAGUUGUCAUGUUAUGAGAGAAAAUACGAUUCUACAAAUACAUCGCAAUUUAGGAAAAUCUGCAAUUGUAGGAAAAUCGUAAAUUUUAGUAAAAUCGUCAAUUUUGAGCUAUUCGUAAACAUACAAAAAUUGCAAAUAACAAAAAUGAAAGCAUUCCACUGAGAGAAUGAGAACAAAGUAGUCGAAUCACAGGAAUAACAUCGGAAUUUUCCGAAGUUCUUAUGAGAACAAUAAAGUCCUCAUUGCAGUUUCUGAGAAGAAAAAAUAAGGUAAAUUCAUGCAAAUGUUGUAAGAUUAUGAAAAUAAAAUCGCAAUGUGUUAAGGACGUCGAGAUAAAAUAGAUGAUUUUGGUAUUCAUUUCUGGGGGAAAAAACAAACAAAAAUAUCAGGAAAAAAAUGAAGAUUUUACAAAAAUAAUGUUGGAUUUCACAGGGGAAAAGAGAUAACCAUUUUACAACAAAUGAAAGUCUUAUCGCAAUAAGAAAUUUUUGGGACAAGAAUGGUCAAAUUUGACAGGGAAAAUUUUAACAUUCCACGAUAUUCUGAAUUACGGUAAAAACAAAAAAAAAGUUAUAAAAAAAGGUCAUAAAUGUACAAGAAUUAAAGUCGGAUUUUCCCCCCAAAAAUGUAAUGUAGUACAUCAAUAAAGAAUGAGAAACAUUGAAAUUAUGAGAAUAAAGUUGUCAUAUUUUGAGAGGAAAUACGAUUCUACAAUUAAAUCGUAAUUUUAGAAAAAUCGUAAAUUUUAGAAAAAUGGGCAAUUUUAGAAAAAUGGGCAAUUUUAGGGAAAUUGUCAAUUUUAGGAAAAUCUGAAAUUUUGAGCUGUUCGUAGUCAUACAAAAGUUGAAAAUAACAAAAAUGAAAACAUUCCACUGAGUAGUCGAAUUACGAGGAAAAGUUUUACAGGAAUAACAUCGUAAUUUUCCGAAGUUCUAAUGACAACAAUAAAGUCCUCAUUGCCGUUUCUGAGAAGAAAAAAUAAGGUAAAUUCAUGCAAAAAGAGUAAGAUUGUGAAAAUGAAAUCGCAAUAUGUUAAGGACGUCAAGAUAAGAAAGAUAAUUUUGGUAUUAAUUUCCGAGGAAAAAAACAAAAAAAUAUCAGAAAAAAUUAAGAUUUUCCAAGGAAAAAUGUUGGAUUUCACAGGGGGGAAAAGAGAACUAUUUUUCAACAAAUUAAAGUGUUAUUGUUGUAAUAAGACAUUUUGACAGGGAAAAUGGUAACAUUCUAUGAUAUUCUGAAUUACGAUAAUAAAAAAAAUGUUUUGAAAAGGUCAUAAAUGUACAAGAAUUAAAGUAGGAUAUUUAAAAAAAAAUUCAUGUAGUACAUUAACGAAUGAGAAACAUUAAUAUAAUGACAAUAAAAUUGUCAUAUUAUAAGAGAAAAUACAAUUCUACAAUCAAAUCGUGAUUUUAGGAAAAUCUGCAAUUUAAGGAAAAUCGGCACUUUUAGGAAAAUUAGCAAUUUUAGGAAAAUCUGCAAUUUGAGUUAUUGGUCAUCAUACCAAAGUUGCAAAUAACAAACAUGAAAACAUUCCACUGAGAGAAUGUCAACAAAGUAGUCCUACUACAAGAAAAAGUUUUACAGGAAUAACAUCGGAUUUUUACGAAGUUCUAAUGAGAACAAUAAAGUCCUCAUUGCCGUUUCUGAGAAGAAAAAAUAAGGUAAACUCAUGCAAAUGUUGUAAGAUUGUGGAAAUAAAGACAUCAAGAUAAGAAAGAUUAUUUUGGUAUUAAUUUCCGGGGAAAAAGAAUAUUAGGAGGAAAAAAAAGAUUUUACAAGAAUAUAGUGUUUAUAUUCAGAGAUGGGUUGGGGAGGAGACCCUGCCCCAAGUGGAGGAGUUCAAGUACCUCGGAGUCUAGUUCACGAGUGAGGGAAGAGUGGAUCGUGAGAUUGACAGGCGGAUCGGUGCGGCGUCGUCAGUAAUGCGGACGUUGUACCAAUCCGUUGUGGUGAAGAAGGAGCUGAGCCGGAAGGCAAAGUUCUCAAUUUACCGGUCGAUCCACGUUCCCAUCCUCACCUAUGGUCAUGAGCUUUGGGUCAUGACCGAAAGGAUAAGAUCACGGGUACAAGCGGCCGAAAUGAGUUUCCUCCGCCGUGGUAAAGCCACUGCUCCUCCACAUCGAGAGGAGCCAGAUAAGGUGGUUCGGGCAUCUGGUCAGGAUGUGUUUAGGGCACGUCCAACCGGUAGGAGGCCACGGGGAAGACCCAGGACACGUUGGGAAGACUAUGUCUCCCGGCUGGCCUGGGAACGCCUCGGGAUCCCCCGGGAAGAGCUAGACGAAGUGGCUGGGGAGAAGAAAGUCUGGGCUUCCCUGCUUAGGCUGCUGCCCCCGUGACCCGACCUAGGAUAAGCGGAAGAUAGAUGGAUGGAUGGACAUUCAGAGAUGAUUUCACAGGGUAAAAACAUUUUAAAAUGGGAAUAUUCAAAUAAAAUAAGCAGUCAAGGACACAUUAUUUUGCACGAAUUAAGUCGUAAUUUUUCAAAAAUCUUAACUUAGAAUUACAAUAAAGCGUUCCGACGUGUUUUGUUUUUUUCAAGUACGCGACCUGAGCCGCCUGUUAUGUAGAUGCAGUAAGAAAAAGACAUGAAUGUGCCCCCAUGACAACAUUGUGCAGCACUCAUACUUGAACUUUGACACCAUUGAUCCCACCCUGAGCCCCCCCUCCUUCUUCUACAUGUUCUUUUUUCUUUCAGUUCCUUUCAUACGUGUACAAUGGUUGUUUAUAAAGAAUAUGUUUUAUACUAAAACAAAACCGCCAGUCCAGGGACUCUCUGUUGGUUUUGUUUUGACUCGUAUUUAAUGGCGUUGGAAUCACGGGAGAGGAUGGAGGAUUUGGAAGGAAACGCAAAAGAAGUGGACAUGGGGAGAGGACCAUAAAGUGCUUGCCUAUGGACCACUGGACGAGCUUCUUCUUUGGCUUUUUUCCCCCCCCUGCCUUCACCUCAAGCCGGGACUUGAGCUUUCCUCUCAAGCCGAGGACUUGACUCCACGCACUGAACUGCAGUUUCUCCUGUGAACUUGUGUAUAUUGAAAAAAAUUAGAAUUGUCUUUAGUGUAUCAACACGUUUCUAACACUUCAAUAAACAUUUGGAUAUUUAAAGCGUCUUAUUCCCAACGCCCUUAAAAGUGCUUACUUGCUUUCUGGCAUCUUUUCUCUUCUGUUGGCAUGUGUGUAUAUGAUCAUAAGUAUAAUUUAUUCUGCUGUAUCAAUAUUAGACUAGUGGCAAAUCUUGUAUUGCUCUUUACUACCUUCAGCCUGUGGGUGUGUUUACUGUAACACUGGCGUAACUGUUAUCAAAUAAAGAUCACAAAUACAA